UUCCCAUUUUUGUCUCAUUGAAAGUCUGAGAGUGAUGGAGCUGGAGCUUUUAAAGAGUAUACUUGGCACUUUGCCCAGAUCAUAAUUUUAAGGAGAGAGAAACACAAGUACUGUUAAAUUAUUCUGAUAUUUUUCUAGAAAUUUACACAAAUUUGAGUAUACUUUAAAAUUUAUUUUUUGCAAUUUCUGGGUAUGCUCAAACUAAAAUACAGAAUACAAUAAUGCAAUUGAUUCAAAUGUCGUUACCUUUUUCUCCAGUUCUUCAUUGCUCCUCAAGGGUGAAGUCUGAGAAUUUAGUUGUAAGAUGCCCCAUUGAGCGCCCGUCUUCAGCAAAUGGUAUUGCUAAACAUAUAUUCUCUGGGUUGGUAGCUUCUUGCCUAGUUUUCUCCCAAGCCAAUUUGGUUUACGGGGCAGAUCUUCCUCAUCAAAGUAGCAUAGGCCAGCUUGCCGAUGUCUCCGGCAAUACGGUUCCAUUUCCUCUUGAUGAAAGUUCUAGUGAUGAAAAGGUGGCAAUGAUGAUGAUGAGAGGUAUGACGGCUAAAAACUUCGAUCCAGAAAGAUACUCUGGUAGAUGGUUCGAGGUGGCCUCUCUUAAAGGCGGAUUUGCUGGGAUUGGUCAAGAAGACUGUCAUUGCACCCAGGGUAUAUAUACGUUUGAUAUGAAGACGCCCGCCAUUCAAGUUGAUACUUUCUGUGUACAUGGUGGUCCUGAUGGGUACAUUACUGGUAUUAGAGGAAGGGUUCAGUGUCUCUCGGAAAAGGAUAAAGACCUGAAAGAAACUGAUUUAGAGAGGCAAGAGAUGAUCAAAGAGAAGUGCUACCUGCGUUUUCCAACUUUGCCGUUUAUUCCCAAGGAGCCUUAUGAUGUGAUUGAUACUGAUUAUGACAAUUUUGCUCUUGUCUCAGGGGCCAAAGACAAAAGUUUUGUCCAGAUAUACUCAAGAACACCGAAUCCUGGACCAGAAUUCAUCGAGAAGUACAAAACUUACCUAGCAGACUUCGGAUAUGACACAAACAAAAUCAGAGAUACACCCCAAGAUUGCCAAGUAAUGUCGAUGAGUGAACUUUCUUCGAUGAUGUCUCAAUCUGGAAUGCAAAAGGCUCUAAACAACGAGUUUCCUGAUCUCGGGUUGAAGUCUUCUGUAGCAUUUGAUCCCUUCACAAGUGUUUUUGACACAUUUAAGAAGCUUGUUGAACUCUACUUCAAGAAGUAGUGAAUCUCUCAUGUGAUAGUAGGCUUCUUGCAUAUGUAUGUGAAAUUUGUAAAAAUCACACUAAAACUUUGUCAUAUCUGACAUUCAUAUACAUGGAAGUGUUUUAUUGUUGUCAUGCAAAA